AUGGCUGAGGAUACCUAUCAACAGGUGCAGUCCCGCUAUGGUGACAUCGCCAAACGCACAGGCGUCACAGUCCAUGACAAGGAAGAUGAUAUCGCAUUAGCGUUUGGGUACAGCGCGAAAGACCUGCGUGCUCUUCCGGACAAAGCAAACCUGGGACUGAGUUGUGGCAAUCCAGUGGCACAUGCCAACAUCAAGGAGGGAGAGACAAUUGUCGACCUCGGAAGUGGAGGCGGCAUCGAUGUCCUUCUAGUCGCUCGCAAGGUGGGGCCAGAAGGAAAUGCCAUCGGGAUAGACAUGACGAAGGAUAUGAUCAAUCUCGCGAAGAAAAACGCCGAAGCGGCUGGCCUGUCCAAUACGCGGUUUAUAGAGGCGUCUAUCACCUCGAUCCCGCUUCCGGAUGCCAGUGUCGACUGUAUUAUCAGCAACUGCGUUAUCAAUCUUGUCCCAUCAAAGGAUAAACCAUCUGUAUUCCAAGAAAUUGCUCGCUUGCUGAAGCCGGGCGGAAGGGUUGCUAUCAGUGAUAUCCUGGCCAGGAAGGAGCUCCCAGCGAACAUCGUCAACGAUAUAGCUCUCCAUGUAGGGUGCAUUGCAGGGGCCAGCCAGGUUGCGGAGUAUGAGGAAUAUCUCAAACGCGCAGGAUUCAAAGAUAUUCUGAUGGUCGAUACUAAAGCAGACCUCAAUCUCUAUAAACAGUCCUCCUAUCUAGGUCAGAGUAGUUGCUGUGGCCCAGCAGAGUCCCGCAAAGAGUGGCCAGCUGAAUAUACUGAGAUGGACUUCAACGAAUGGGUUGCCUCUUUUCAGAUUUAUGCCGUCAAAGAUAGCAGCGUUGUGUAG